UCCUUUUGACCACUAGAUGUCCAUAACAACCUCCGAACAAUUAUAAAUAUGUUCAUCUUUGGCAGAAGUGAUUCAUUCAGUGUCAUCACAAUCCAAAUGAAAUUUGUGCCCCUAAAACACUGAUUGUCCUUUGCAUAUUUUUAUAGUUUGCCAUACAGCUUUAAUGUACAUUUGACAAAUUUUAUCUUUUGAAAAAUUACACAGCCCACCUACACACCAGGCCAAUAUACAUUUUAAUAUUUUAAUACAUUUUGUAUCUGUUUCAAAAAAUUUUAUUCUGAUUUUACCCAUGCUUAAAUAUUUUGUUUUAAUGAUUAAUAUGUUUUAUUUUUAAUUUAUUUUGUUUUGUCCUUCUCAAAUCAUCUUAACUUUCUGUAAUUUUAAACAACUUUUGAAUGUUUUCAAGUAGUAAUGUGUUUUUAACACACUUGGGAUUUGUUCUGUUUGAAAAUCUAUGAAUUGCGGUGCCUUUGUUGUAAUAAUAAUUAGUGUAAUACUCUGCACCAGCCUUUUAGUACAGCCUCAGGACACCCUGUAUUUCACUGCAUAUAUUUAAAGACCAUGUGAAUCUAACACAUAAUUCAUCUGUUUGUCCCUAACUCAUUGGCCUGCUGGUGUUAUAUUGAGCUCCUGUGAAAACAAAACUAUUUUUAACUCGAACUGUUUCUCCCAAAAUGUUAGGAAUGCGUUGAUUCAAGACUCUCUGGAAAAAGUCCCGAACAGAAACACUGAUGUUCUCACGGUGGCAAAAAACCAAAUGUGAAACUCUUAACUAGUUAAAAUCAGAUUAAUUUCUAAACAAAAAAAAUUGGAACUGGUCUCAAUAUAAACAAACUGUGUAAUAGGAAGUCUGUGUAACUCUGCUCCGGCAUCUCUGUAAACUUCAGCCCUUCCCAUUACCUUUAAAGGAGUGUGUACCCUGAACUAAAUAUGGACAUGCACUUUAACAGGAUUUCAAAGAAUGUCCCAGCCUCACAGUCCACUUUGAUGAUGCGAGGCUCUUGCAGUUCAUCACUGGUACCCCUCACUGCAAGACCGAGAGUCCAGCCUCUUUGCACCCGGAUUGAUGCCUCUGGUGGCUUUUUGGCGAGCAGGACGCCAGCUCUGACCGAUGGGAAUACCUCUCAACAUCGGAGAGAGAUUACCCAAUAAUCAGAUUUGAAAUAAAGGGAUUUACUGUACUACACAUCAACAGCACCUCCAAACAAACCAAAUUUCUCUACAGCCUUUACCCCAGAUUUUUUUUUUUCGCAACCAUGUCCAGGAGAAAGGUGAGAGGCCUGACCUGUACGGGCCGUCAGGUCAGCGAAGACCCGGACCUGGACAACCUGCUGUCCACUCUCUCCCCCGAGGAGAUGGAGGAGCUGGAGAAGGACAUGAUGAAAGUGCCGGACAUCAAGCCGGAGGACGGGAACAUCAUCGUCCAAGGGGAGAGCCAAGCUGCGCAGCCACCGACGAGCAACAAUGUCCGGGACGCUAAGCUGGACAGCAGGCGCGAGAGUGACCGUAAAGGGAGGCUCAGUGAGAGGGAACCGUCAUUUGAGGGUGAGACAAAGAAGGAGAGCCGGAAGCAGGAAUAUCUGAGGAAAAUGGGCUUGAGCCAGGAGGGGGACGACGACGUGACAGAAGGGCUACAAAGACAAACUAGUGUCUCAAGUGAAAAAGAUACUAAGGUCGACAACAGAAACAGCAAAGGUACUGAAAGUUUGAGAGAGGAGCGAAGUCGGCUUUCGAGUAGACACUGGAAGCAAGAAAGCAGAGAGGGUGACGUGAAAGAGGAGACCAAAGAGAAACACGAGGACAACAAGAUAAGAGACAGAAGAGAAAACAGAGAGAGCACAGGUAGCAAAACAAAGGACAUGAUCUCGAAGUUGCAGGAAAAAAAGGACGACGGCAAAGAGAGGAAAGAAGACUGCAGGAGAAGAGAUGAGAGCAAAACCAAAGACAUCAUCUCGAAGCUACGAGAAAAGCAUGAGAAGGAUACGGGCAAGGAAAGAGAGAGGAAAUCGGAGAGUUUCAGGACACAAGGGCGUGUCUCUCAAAUGUUGGAAAAGCAGAGCAAAGCACAAGAAAGCCCGACCCCGCCAAGUAAAGCAGAAGAGAAGAAGCCUAAAGAGGAGGAGAAAAAAGCUGAAGAUAAAAACAAGCCUGAUGCCAAACUUGAGCGACAGCCAUCAGAGAGGGGUGAAGUGCAGGUGAAACAUGACAAGGCAGAGAAAAGAACAGAUAGAGAGGAGCUGGUUAACCACAGUGACCACGUGAAAGAGAAGGAGAAGAAGACAAGCACGGAGAAGAAAGUAGAGGAGAAAAAGGAAAACGAGGGGAGUGAUGGAAAAGGAACUGAGAAACUUGGCAACUGUGUGGCCGUAAACAGCCCAAACAGCAAGGCGAAGGAGGAAGAGGAGGAGGAGGAAGACUCCAGCAUGUUCGAUGAGCUGAUGGAGCAGGUUCACAGCAAUGACCCCUCCCUGACUGAGCUCAACGUCAACAACUCAGAGGUCAUCAAGACGAAAACACUCAUGGAGUUCGCAGAGGCUUUGCACAAGAACACCCACGUGAAGAAGUUUGCUUUGGCCAACUGCCGCGCGGACGACCACGUGGCUUAUGCCAUCGCAGGCACGCUACGCAGCAACAACACCAUCACCAGCAUCAACGUGGACUCCAACCAUCUCACCGGCAAGGGCAUCCUGUCUCUGAUCCAGGCGUUGCCACACAACUCCACGCUGACCGAGCUUCGCUUUCAAAACCAGCGUCACAUCUGCGGCGGGAAGACCGAGAUGGAGAUGACCAAGAUCCUGAAGGAGAACACCACCUUGGUCAAACUGGGCUACCACUUUGAGUUAGCUGGACCCAGGAUGACCACGACAAACAUACUGAGUCGCAACAUGGACCGGCAGAGGCAGAAGCGCCUGCAGGAGCAGAAGCAGGCCCAGGCCAACGGGGAGAAGAAGGGGACACUGGAGGUACCCAAGGCGGGUGGUGGGGGAUCUCUGAGAAACUCGCCCAGAGCUUCGCCCAAACCUUCUCCCAUACCGUCACCUGUGCCAUCGCCAAAGCUGACUCCUAAAAGAAGAGCUGGAGGUCCGGCUCCACCACCACCACCUCCGCCUCCUCCCGGGUGUGGACCUCCCCCUCCUCCACCUCCCAUGCUGGAUGUAGACGCCCUGAGGAACUCUCUGACCCCGGUGUCGCAGAGGAAACUGGAUGGAAGAAGCCCGGGCGGAGGUAAGAACUCAAGGGACCAACUGCUCGCCUCGAUCAGAGGACGCGAUAAGCAACAACUCAAGAAGGUGCCGGUGCCAAAGUGGUUGCAGUAAUAUUUCCUGUUGGAAUAUGAAGUGGAAAAAAAGAAGAGAGAGGGAGAACAGACAUUUCACCACAGGUUUUUUUUAUGAAGAUAAUCUCUACAUUCCCCGGAUGCAGUGGAAGAACUGUGCUGCGGGACGGAUGGAGAAAGUGAAACAUGAGAUGCCCGAUCGAUUGGAUGACCAGCCCUCACAAUGAGUUCUCCCCUCAAACACUGGACCAAAAGGACUCUGUGGAGAAGGAGUGAUGCAGGGCUCUCUAUUAACCGACUGCAAAGAAUGCCAUGAGUGUUGUGGUUGUUGUUGUCUUCCGUACAUAUUGACGCUUUGCUGGUUAUUUGCACUAGAUAAUAUGAAGCUGGGAGUUUGCGAUGAGCUUAUUGAUAAGAGAUUCAAAUAACUCUUUAUAAAAUUCUAAUAUACAAAAAGUUUAUCGGCGAUAUAGUGGACUUUAAUUUGACCAUUUAUUUAUUUGUGGAGAGAGAAUCCACCUCAUAUUUGUAAGUUGUACAUCUGUUCAAACUGGGAAUUCUGAAAUGGCGUAAAUAUCAGGGAAUUAACAAACAUGGCGGCCUGACUUAAGAAAAUCUGGGUAAGAAAAAAGAAAAAGGUCACGGUGGUCUUUAAUUGUGUGUCUCAUUGCCAAAUCUCAUGACAUCUCAGGCAGGAUUUAAUGGAUUGGAACGCAGCCCAGUGGAAUCCUGGUGCAUGAUGAAAGAGUUUUAGCAUGGAAAUAAUUACAUAAUGCAUUUUUAUCAGGAAGUGCAAAUGGCUGUCCUUCAGUAUCUGAUGUUAUAAUUUGUACAGAAUCAUUGUAGCGUUGGGGUUUGAAUGCUUAACGUCUUAACCUUAGGGGGAUAUGUAAAAGCAUUACUGGCUUAUCUCAACCCUCCUGUUGAUUUAUGCCUUUAUGUACUUUUCAGUGAAUGUCAUUUUCAAAGGAAUUUAUUGAUAAUCAUAAAUCAGAGGGGCACUCACAUGUGCGCUGUGUAAUGAAAGAUUCUCUGUCAUAUCUGAUUACACAUGCCUUUCUUACAGAGCCUGUAUGUCUUCAAUAAAAGAUUCCGGUA